AUGGAUCUGAUUGCUAUCUUGCUUCUCACACCUUUUUCCGACCGCUUCCAUCGCCACAGUGCUCUUUUCUUCUCCAUUCCAACAUUAUUCCAGAUCUUGGGUCUGCUUCUCACCAGCUACGCUGGCUCUGACGAAAACCCCUGGCCACGGUACGGUGGAUUGCUGAUCGUCGGAUUUGGCCUCGGACCUACUGUACCCAUCACCAUGACGUGGACAGCAGAGAUCUUCCAGCGCCGCCACGGCGAAGUCGGCGUGGCUGCAGCCUCUGCGGUGGUCUCGGUGCUGAUGCAAGUGGCCCUUCACUUCACGGAUCGUCAUGACCGUGAUUCUGAGGAGCAAGAAGAUGCUUUUGAUGGUGCCGCGCGGAGAGAGGUGCAGCAGCGUGGAUUACGGGGAUUGGGAUCAGGGAUGGGUCAGUGGUUGCGGCGCGGCAAAACUGACCAGAGGUAA